CGUUCAUCACUGAACUGAGGAGGCCUCUCUCUCUGUUCCUCUCUCCCUCGCUCCUUAUCUCCGUAUCUCGCUUCCUCAGAUCUCUCUCCUUCUCCGAAGCAUCAGAAGCCUACCGGUUCCAACCACAGCCCUAGGAGCUGUUAAACAGGAUAAUGGAGAACUAUACGGCUGUAGGCGCAUCGAUCCCAGAGACAGAAGGUAUCCGUCUGAACUGCAGCAUGUCCGGGAGGCACAACUUCAUCUUCACCCUGAUCCCAGUAGUGUACGGCUGUAACUUUGUCAUCGGCAUGGUGGGGAACAGCAUGGUGGUGGCGGUCAUCUACCGCUACAUGAAGCUGAAGACAGUGCCCAACGUGUUCGUCCUCAACCUAGCCAUCUCAGACCUCACCUUCCUGAUCACCCUGCCCAUGUGGGCCACCUUCACAGCCACAGGCUACCAGUGGCCCUUCGGUGGGUUCCUGUGUAAGGCCAGCGCUGGCCUGGUGAUGUUCAACCUCUACAGCUCCAUCUUCUUCCUCACUGCACUCAGCGUCGACCGCCAUCUGGCCAUCGUCCACCCGGUGAGGUCACGGCAGCACCGUACUGGGCUCUACGCCCGUAUCACCUGCGUCCUGGUUUGGCUGCUCGCCCUCCUGCUGUCCGUCCCCACCGCACUGACCAGGGACCUGAUACACAUCACCAACUAUAACAUCAGCACGUGUGGCGUGCUGCACCCCGAGGGCUCCAGGCACCUCCUCCUCACCAUCAGCCUGAUGAAGAGCAUCCUGGGGUUCCUGGUUCCUUUCCUCAUCAUCAUAUCAUGCUACUGCCUGAUUGGUCGAGCCCUGGUCAGGGCGCGGAGCAUCCAGAAGACCACCCGGUCGAGAGAUGAUGAGGUGUUGAGGAUGCUGGCGGCGGCUGUCCUAGCUUUCUUCCUGUGUUGGGUGCCCCACCAGGUAUUCUACUUGAUGGAGCUGCUGGCCCAGCUAAAGGUUGUAACUAACUGUGUGAUUGUGGACGUCAUCGACACGGCCAUGCCCUUCACCAUCUGCAUUGCCUUCCUCAACAGCUGCGUCAACCCCAUCCUGUACGGCUUCGUGGGACGGAACUUCAGGAAGAACCUGUUCCUACUGCUGCACUGCUCCCCCGCUGGCCUGGCCAGGCCACCCUCCAUCAGCUCUAAGAUGUCCGCCCUGUCCUACCGCCCCUCUGAGGCCCUGCAGCUCACCAACAAGAACCAGCGGCCUGGUGUCUGAUGUGAAGUGAGGAAAGAUGGAGGUGGAGUGUGCAGCUGUGUAACUCCAUUGGCUCUUCGGGUUGUGUUAAGUGAGGAGUACGGAGGGAUACACAUUGUGUUAAUGCCUCCCAAGUGGCACCCUAUUCCCUGUACAGUGUCCUAUGCGCUCUGGUCAACAGUAGUGCACUAUACAGGGAAUAGGGUGCCAUUUGGGAGAUAGCCACUGUGCUUUUAGAACCCCAACUGUUAUACUGAACCAUGGCUAGAAGUUCUACCUUAGAACAUGGCUAUCAAGUGAAAUACAGAGGGAAUGUUCCUUUGUGUCUGAAUCGUAUGAAUUGAGUCCAUGAGACGGCCGGUUGUUCACUGCCUUUGCACAACAUACAGCAGAUUCUGCAUGGUUAGUUAACAGAUUUCAUUGUAAUGCAGCUUGAGGACAAAACGGUUGCAUGAUUUCUGUUUAAAAACUGAUGAUGUGAAAUACUAUUACUGUACUUCGGUAUUCCUGUUUCUUGUUGUCACACAGGUACAUAGAUAUGUAAGCA